AAAGGCUUGUUAAUAUGGUCUUUAUGCAGGGAAAUUGCUUUACAUUCACCGCUUGGGGCAAUUUGAACUUUUCACGCCGUCCGUCUGUCACGUUUCCGAGACUGGGGGAGGAGUGGGUGCCGUUAUAAAAGCGCUGUAAUUUACAGGCGAUUAGAGUUGAGUUUGCGAGGGAGAGACUAACACUUAGUUUUUACUUCCGGAUCGACAGGUCGUCUGUGUCACGUGUUGGGAUGGCUCCGACUUGACCAACCUGCUGUGUGCAUUCAAAAGGGGGCGUGUCUCUUUGCUGACAUGAGCGGAGAGCUUGCGUCGUUCCACCUGGACCUGUCAACGAAGCAGCUGCGGACUCUUGCCUCCUCCCACCGGCCGCCCCCGACCGUCGGAUGCUUCCAACGUGGAGGAAGCAUCGGCUGCCUUCGCAUCGUCGAGAAACGUGGCUUCCCCCGGAGACACUGGCGGUUACCACAUCCUUGGCCACACCCCUCCGACCUUCAGGUUCUACAGACUGAGGCGAUGAAAGCUGCUCUGAAGGAGCUCAAUCUGAACAUUGUGGAAAUGACGGAUGAGAGUGCCACACUGGAUGGAGGAGAUGUCCUUUUCACAGGCCGAGAGUUCUUUGUAGGCCUUUCCAAACGGACCAAUCAAAGAGGAGCAGAGAUCCUCGCUGAUGCCUUUAAGGACUAUGCUGUGUCUACUGUACCGGUGCUGGAAGGCCUGCACCUGAAAAGCUUCUGCAGCAUGGGGGGGCCAGGUCUCAUUGUCAUCGGCUCCAGUGAACCCGCUCAGAAGGCUCUCAAAAUCAUGCAGCAAAUGAGUGAUCAUCGUUACGACAAGCUGACGGUGCCUGAUGACCUUGCUGCCAACUGCAUCUACAUGAAUCUACCCAAUAAAGGACAUGUGCUUCUGCAUUGUACACCAGAGGAGUUUCCAGAAAGUGCAAAGGUAUUCGAGAAGUUGAAGGACCACAUGCUGAUUCCUCUGUCCAACAUGGAGAAAGUCAAAGUCGAUGGAGCUCUCACGUGCUGCUCGGUGCUCCUCAACAAGAAAGCCGACAACUAAGUGCAUUUCCACCAAGUGGAGCCUGUAUCCAAGACUUGGUGAAAAAAAAAACGUCACAAGUCCCUGGAAAAGGAGAUUAGUUUUUUUUUAAUUCACGGGUAUAUAGUAUUAAAGUACAUAAUUGAUACCUUCUGCUUUUGUCCAAUGGUGGGACGCCUGUGUGUUUAUGAUAUGUGUUCAAAGUCCAUUCACUUUUUAGACGUGGUUGCCUCUCAAGGUGACUGUGAGUGAGAGUUGAGGAAAUGACAUCAGGAGGUGAUGCUUGCGUAUGGGCAGGCAAGCGGUGAUGAAGCGUGGAAAGAAUUUGCUGGGUUGUGUUCAGAGGGGAGGCCUGCGACGCCAGUAAACACUGACUCUUAAACUUGCUCCGUCUUCGUCUCUCACCCACGUUUUUUUUUACUAGUGCCUGAAAUACGGUGCAUUAACUUAAGGCCGUGACGUCGUACCGUCUGGCAGAGGUACCAGGGAUGUUGAAGUAGGUCGUACUAACAGUGGUGUGAAGCAUCACUCCCUCCAUUAUCACACACAGAUUGUGUUGUCCUGGCUAUUAUUUCCCGUUAAGCUUGAAUUCCAUACUAUUUCACCAUAAUUAUGAUGAUUAUGAUUACGUUUUAUCCCACAGUGGUAGAAAUAAUGAUUUUUGUUGUUGUUGUUUUGUAGUUUUCAUCUUCUAACAGGAUUUGGACCACUUUGUUUAAUAAACAACUAUGGCACUUACUGUUUAAAA